AUGAUCCAGCAAACUGCUGCCUUACAGAUUCGCAUAGACCGAGCCAAAGCAACCUACCAGGAGCUGCUUGAGAAGAUGAAGGUUUGCCAAUCUGAUUUGCAGAGCAAACAAGCUGAAGUCACGGCCAUGCAGUCGGAGUUGGAAGCCACACUCCGUGCUGAUGCUUCGGGUCUGGAGGACCCCGCGCGCAAGGACGAUCCAUUGGAAGGGCUUCUAGAUACGCUUGCCAAAGUUGGAAUUGUCCUGACCCAGGAGCAGAAGGAGCUUUACGAGGAGGCCCAGCGCGGUAAGCUUAAUGAUGGGCAGCAGAAUAUGGAAGUUGAAGCCACAAACCAGCCUGGUUUGACGGCUCCGACCCGUCCAGGAGCCGAGGCCGUAGCACGCAGCAAGGUGAGGGAGUGGGGCCAGUAUACCAACCAAGGUUGUGGCUACGUGGCGGUGACGCUACGCACACAAGGGGCUGACUUGACAGUGGUUAGCCUGUACCUCCAGUCUUCCUCCGGCUUCGGGUCCCCGGUCAACUCUGACAUCCUUGCAUCUCUGCGCGCAAUUCGUCAAUCUGUGAGGGGCCCAAUCCUGAUAGGUGGAGACUGGAACUCGCCUUUGAAGGAUUUGUUGGACACUUCCAUUUUUCAAAGUUUGUCCCUGGAACCAAUUGGGCCCAACAAAGCCACCUGUGGUGACAAUGAGCUUGAUUUUCUGGCUGUAUCACACUGCCUGGAAGGUUUGCUCCGGGUUGAUGCCUCCUGGGAUGUUCCUUUCAAGCCACAUGCAGCAAUCCAAGUUGCCCUUAAUGUGGGCGCUUUCCAGCUCACCACUCCACAGCUUCCCUCCUUUGUGCUUUCCUUCAGGGAAGAACCGCUUGAUUACAUACAGGUUGAGGAGACCCUCGCCUCUUUGCCAGAUACCACCUUGUCGGCUGACCCCCUGAGCAAUCGACUGGCUUCCAUUUCCAGUUCGGUUGAGCACAGUCUUUUGCAAUCGUCCCAGGGUAUUGGUCGCCAACUCCAAGUUGAAUUCCUCCCAGCUGUUCCUCGCAUGUCCCAGUUCGCAUGGGAAGGUUCUUGCCAGGCUUUUUGGCACCGGGUACAAUUUCUGUGCCAGGGAGACCACCCCAAACGUCGAGAGCAAUGCCAGGAGUAUUUGCCGCAGAUCCUGGACCACUGGCAGGGCAACUCGGAGGAGGCUGUUUCCUUUCUUUCUACGCUCCAGGCCUGUCUCUCGGAGCAGGCUGCUGUUCCCGAGCCCGUCCAGCAAUUAUUGCAGGAGCAAUUUCUGCUGGCCUCUAAAGUUCACCAGGAGGCCCAGACCAAGUCGUACAGGUUCGCGCCCUGGCUAGAACCAAACUAUGGCUCCGCACUUGGAAAGGUGUACUUAGAGUUGAGGACCUUCCUCCUCUUCCACACGUAG